GGGUUAAUCAAUUGUUUUUUGUUUGUUUUUUCAAAGAAAGAAAAACACAUAAUUUAUAAAUUUUAGGUAAAGAUACUAUAUUAAGCAACAGCAGCCAAUGGAAAAGAGUUAAAUAAAUAAAUGAAUAAAAGAAGAAACAUAUUUUGAGAAAUGAGGGUGUGCUGGGACCACCCACAUUUUGAUGACAUCAUGCCACUCUUAAAAAGCAGGUUUCAGGAGUUGUGUGACACAAUUUUACAUUGGCCACCUUUGUAUAAUAGAAAGAAGGCUAUCUGAGACAAGAGUAUUGGACUAUUGUUUUUGCUACAGCAUCUAUUUGAGACAUUUCAAGGAACAGCUUCAGUAGGAUGCCUCGGAAGAAGGGGUUUCGUAUGCAGCGUACACAAAGAUGCAUCAAAAGUAAGAGUGAUGCUAAUGCAUGUAUAUGUUCAGAAAAAUUGCCGCUAUCUGUUGUUGCUGGGACAGAUGUAAGGGCUGCCACAUUAAGCGAAGAUGCAUUGAUUGGAUGUUGUGUUGUGGCUGGAAUCAAACAUGUGAUUUCUCCUGUAUGUACAUGGACACAGACAGAUAUUGAUGACAUAUAUGUAGAAGGCAGCAAACUAACACAAAAUGUAAUCAUGUCACGUCAGAAAAGAGAAUGUAAACAGAAAGAGUUGUGUAGGUUGAUUGAACAGCACAAUGUGUUUGGAAGGAAGUGGAAUGUAAAAAUUGGUUUACCAGUAUACAAAGAUUUUGAACUGCUGCAAGAGGAGAUUGUACUGUAUGAAAUGCUGCAAGAAUAUUUGUUGAGGGAUGGAAUGUGUUUGCUAAACCUUCAGAGUGCAGUUAUUGCCAUUAUUCAUCAUAACAAUUAUUUUGCAGUGAUUGAUUUUGGCAAACGUAAUAUGUUUGGGUUGGCUUGUGAAAUUGGCAGGUCUGUGGUUGUUUUCAACACAUGUCUUAAUGAUCUUAUGGUUCAUAUCAAGAAUCUAAGGAAGUCUUUAGAUGCACAAUGGUAUGCCGUUAGUAGAAUUUCUGUAAAGACAUUUCAACAAGAUCAUGCUUGUGCUAGAGAGUUUCCAGACAGCGAUGUUGACAGCAAUGGUGUUGAUGAGUUUGGCAAUAUAGGUACUGAAGUUGCAGCUGAGUUUGAGGAUAGUACUUCUGUCAGACUUGAAAAGAGUGUAAGAGGAUCCUUUCAUCAGGGGAAUAACCAGUUUAAAUACAGAGGAGUUCAAUGUAUGGCAAUAGGUUUAGUAAGCCUAGCAAAGCAUACAGUUGAUAGUGUAUUCUCAUGGCAGACCAAAGACCUUGACAGAGCUGUUGUUUUAGGUGACGAGUUGUACACAGCUUUGCGAGACAAUAAUAAGAUUAGACACAAAUCCAAUCUGUUGGCUAUUCCUGAUUUGCCAAAAGAAUCAGUUAUUGAUGGAGAAAGUUUUUUGUUUGAAUAUGGUGACUUUGUCAGUGGUGAUAUAGAUGUGGUCAAUGGUCAGUUUAUUGAGAGUGGUGUCUACAGCAGUCUUUCUGCUGGACUGGAAAAAAUGUUUGCACAGUAUGACUCAUGUCUUUUAACAUUGUGUAGUAGUACAUGUGCAAUCAUUUCUCACAAUGGACAGUAUGCACUGAUUGACUCUCAUGCACGUAAUGCUCUUGGCAUGGUUGAUGGAAAUGGAAGAAGUGUUGUUGUAUAUUUUUCAUCUGUAAAUGAUUUGCUCAAUCACAUUUGCCUUUUAGCUAAAGGGCUCACUGAGAAGGAAAAACCUUUUGAAAUAACUGGUAUCCGUGCCACUAUUACAACUGGGAAACCUACACAGCACAACGCAUCAGAAAUUAAAGAUGAGAAGGGUACAAAGUGUUUAACAUUAACAGAGAGCUGCAAAGACUCUUACAAGACAUUUGAAAUUGAGUUUGAUGAGGAUUCUUCAAAUGAUCUGCCAACAAAUAAUUAUGCAAGAAAUAAGCGUAAAAUUUCAGUAAGCAAUUGUACUUUAAAGAAACAAAAAAGAUAUGAUGUUACUGAAGUUAAUUCAGAUGUGGAAUUUGUUAGUGAUGUAAAAAACAACAACAUGAUGUAUAAUCCCAUUUGUAAACAGAUUGGUCAAACUUUGUGUAGUCAUUUAAAUGUGGAUUACGAAGAAGUUAAUGUUUCAGAAUUUACACAUGUUGGUUUGUUAGGAGUUCCAUGCAAAAAUGACAAAAUAAUGGCUGAUGGAAACUGUUUCUUCCGAGCCAUCUCUCAAGCUGUAAGCGGCACACAAAAGUAUCAUAGAAAAAUACGACUGGCUGUUGUACAACAUUUGGAAAAUAAUGCUGAAAAAUAUCGAAACAUUUUAAGAAGAGAGUAUUCCUCAGUGUCAGAGUACAUUAACAAGUCUAAAAUGAGAUAUGUUAAUAGCUGGGCUACUGAAGUUGAAAUUCAAGCAACAGCUGAUUAUUUAGGAAUUGAUGUUUUUACAUUUUAUGAUGGUCGUUGGUUAAAAUACAAUUGCAAUGGUAAGCUUUUGUCGAAACACAGCAUCUACUUAGAAAAUUGCCAUGAAAACCAUUAUGAGACUGUAGUUUGUGUAAAUGAGCCUGAACGCCAGAGUUGUUAUGGCUACUGCAAAAUCAGUAAGUCCUGUUUUGAAGAUUACAAUACUAGAGCAAAGAUUGACAAUAAAAAUAAUGAACUUGAACAGCAGCAUCAUAGUUUGUUAAAAACAAUGUACAAUGACACAUGUUGUGCAAUGACAAUGGUAAGAGAUCCUGAUGUUGAUGUACUGGAAAAUGAAAGUCAGAUGACAUUUAAAUAUAGUCCUCUAUCUACAGAAGUUGCACAAACGAUAUGCAACAAAUUACAUUUAAAUCUUGAAAUAAAAAAUAUACAAGCACCAACUGUUUAUGGAAGUUUAGGUGUUGUGUGUAAGACAGAUACAGUUGCAAAGGAUGGUAAUAGUUUUUUUAGAGCCGUAGCUCAAGUGAUUAGCGGUUCUGAAAAGAAUCAUAGGAAGAUUAGACUUGCUGUUGUCCAGUAUAUGAGUAAUCACAGUGAUGAACAUAUGAAGUUAGUGGGUAAAGAAUUUACUUCAAUGGCAGAAUAUAUUUUGAAGUCACAAAUGCAAUAUGUUGGAUAUUGUGCUUCAGACAUAGAAUUUCAAGGUACAGCAAAUGCUUUGGGAGUGGAUCUAUUUAUAUGUAAUGAGGGGAAAUGGGUUAAAUACAGUUGCAUGAGUACUGUUGUGGGAAGUGAUGGAAUUUAUUUAAAACAUUGUGGGGAUAAUGAUUUUGAGCCCGUAAUGUGUGUCAAUCAAGUUGAUAAGAAUGUUUGCUUUGAUUUGUGCAAAGUGGGUAAUUUCCCUAAUUCACAGUAUACAUGUAAAAGGAAUUCCAAAAAGCAGGUAGAUGAGAGUACAAAUAUGUCUACUUCAAAAAACAAUUAUUGUUUGUCUAAGUAUUAUAAAAAUAAAAUUUCCUUCCAAAAAAGCAUUAAAUAUCAAAAUGUGUUGCACAAAGAAACCAAAAAAGUAAUGAGCAAAAAUAAGUAUCAUAGAGAUUUGUUGUACCAGGAAAAGAAAAAGAAUGUUAGCAAGGGGAAAUAUCAGAACGAUGUACUGUAUAAAGAAAUUAAAAAGUAUAUGACCAAGAAGAAAUAUAACGAAAAUGUUUUGCAUAAGGAAAUGAAAAAAGAGAAUAGCAAAAAAAAGUAUCACGAACAUGUGUUGUAUAAGGAAAUGAAAAAAGAGAAUAGCAAAAAAAAGUAUCACAAUAAUUUGUUGCAUAAGGAGAUGAAAAAAGACAAGAGCAAAAGAAAAUAUUGUGAAAACAUGUUGCAUAAGGAAAAAGUAAAGGACAUGAGUAAAAGAAAGUAUGAGACAAAUGAUUUGCACAGGACAAAAGUAAAGGAAAUUAGUAAAAGAAAGUAUGAGCAAAAUGAUUUGCACAGGAAAAAAGUUAAGGAAAUGAGUAAAAGGAAAUACAGAUUAAAUCAGUUGCAUAAGCAGAAUGUAAAGGUUAUUAAUACAAGAAAGUAUCGAGAAAACCCUGAGCAUAAGAAACGUGUUAUUGCUGGUAUAAAAUUUAAAAGGCAACAGAUAAAAUUUAAAAAAGAACAGUUUGAAUUUGUUAUGCAGCGUUUUCUGGAUUUGGUGAAAGAUGGGCCAGAUUUUGUGUGUUGUGUUUGCCAAAGAUUGUUAUUUCGACAUCAGGUUUUAAGUUGUAAUAGACAUUAUUAUAGCACAAAAACAAUAGGUUCAAUUUUUGAAAAAUGUGUAAGUGAGGAAUAUUUGCACAAAUGUGAUACGACCUGUGUAAUGCCAUGUCAGUGGCUGGAUACACCUAGAGGCAAGCUGUGGAUUUGUUACACAUGUCAUAAUAAAAUUAACAAAGGACAAAUACCACCUGAAUGUGCGACAAACAAUUUGAAAGUUCAUCCAAUUCCACCAGAACUGUCAUGUUUGAAUUCUUUAGAACAACAUUUGAUUGCAUUACAUAUACCAUUUAUGAAAAUGUUAGCAUUACCCAAAGGAGGGCAAAAUGGAGUACAUGGACCUCUAAGCUGCGUACCUGCAAAUAUUGUGCAAACUUCUAAUUUAUUGCCUCUCUCUAGUAUGGAAGGAUCUUUGUUGCCCGUAAAACUAAAGAGAAAGUUAACGUAUAAAGGCCAUUAUAAAUAUCAGUUUGUUGACUCUAUGCACAUAAGACAAGCAUUAAAAUGUUUAAAGGAGAUAAAUGUGCAUUAUAAAGAUAUAGAAUUUAAUGAAGUUUGGCUAAAUGAGUUUUGUAGAGAACAAGAUAAUGACGUUUUAGAAAAGGAAUGUGAUGUACAUGCGGAAAGUCAAGAAACAUCUAUAGAUGUUUGUGAAGAUGAGCUUUUGCAUGACAGACAACAACACUGCAUGUUUCAGGACACAUGUCUCAUGCCUGUUGACAUUGGUCAGGAAGCACUAGAUCAGUAUUUUGAUAAUAUAUUAAAUCUGGCGCCAGCAGAAGGGAAUAAUCCUGUUAAAUUGCUUUCUGAUUUUGCUAAUGAAGCCAAAUGUUUCCCAGUGUUAUUUCCACAGGGGUGUAAUACGUACCAUGAAAAGCGAGAAAACCGUUUGACAUUGUCAAGGUAUUUUAAUAACCGAAUUUUACAUGCUGAUGGUAGGUUUGCACAAAAUGUAGAAUAUAUUUUUUUUGCUCAGUACAUGUCUGAAAUUGAACAAGUCGUGUCAAAUGUAUCGAUUGCAUUGCGUAAAGGAAAAAGUGGCAGAAAGUCUCAAAAAGUUAAUAAUGAUGUUUUGAUGAAUGAGGAAUCUUUAAAGAAACUUUUGGAAUUUGAUGAUGGGUUUCGUUUUCUUAAACCUAUCCGUGGUACACCAGCUUUUUGGCAGACAGCACAACGUGACCUACUUGCUUGUGUUCGUCAGUUUGGUAUUCCUACUUGGUUUUGUUCAUUUUCAUCGGCAGACAUGCGCUGGAACAAUCUUCUUUUUAGCAUUUUGAAACAGGAGGGAAGAACACAAACAGUUGAAGAAUUACAGUGGGCAGACAGGUGUGAGCUAUUGCGACGUAAUCCUGUAACUGCGGCUAGAAUGUUUGAUUUUCGUUGGCAUUGUUUUUUAAGGGAGGUACUUAUGUCUUCAUCCCAUCCAAUAGGUAAAAUUAAGGAUUAUUUUUACCGUGUUGAAUUCCAGCAGCGUGGUUCACCUCAUGUCCAUUGUCUGUUUUGGAUUGAGAAUGCCCCAAUAAUUGAUAAAAACACAGAUGAAGAGGUAAUUCAGUUUAUUGAUAAAUAUGUAACAUGUGAAUUACCAUCACAGGAUGAUUCAUUGUUGGACACUGUUACAUCUGUGCAGCAGCAUUCAAAACGCCAUUCCAAGACAUGUAAGAAGAAAAAUACUGUUUGCCGUUUUAAUUUUCCUAGGCCAGUAUCUGCACGAACAUUUAUAUGUCAUGGAAAAAGUGACACAAAAAAGCAGUGCAAGUGUCAGGUAGAUAAUAUUGAUAAUACAAUUAAAGAAUGUGCAUGUGUAAAUCAAGAUGUGACAGAUUUUAAAAUGAACACAGAAAAGGCAGGUGACAUUUUGUCCUCCAUAAAAAAGUCUCUUUCAGAUGAGAAUUGCAAUUAUAACAGUGUGGAACAUUUGUUUACACAUUUAGGUAUAAAUCAAUCCAUUUUUGAGCUUGCAUAUAAAUCCUUUACCCGAAAUACACAAGUUGUCCUGAAAAGACAGAUCAAUGAGGUUUGGGUCAAUCAAUAUAGCAAGCCACUGUUAAAAUGUUGGAAUGCAAAUUUAGAUAUCCAGUAUGUUGUUGAUGCAUACGCUUGUGUAGUCUAUAUAAUUUCUUAUAUAUCAAAGUCAGAAAGGGAGAUAGGAUUGUUGUUAAGUAAUGCCCAAAGAGAAGCACGUAAAGAGGGAAAUGUUAGUGCAAAAGAUGCACUGAAAAACCUUGGAAGUGUUUAUUUGCAUAACAGAGAUGUAUGUGCUCAAGAAUCUGUGUAUAGAUUAACAAAUAUGCAUCUAAAAGAGUGUUCGAGGAAAGUUGUGUUCGUACCAACAGGAGACAAUGUCAUUAAAAUGAGUCUACCUUUAAAUGUAUUGAGGCAAAAAGCAUCAUCAAACAACUUAACGACAGAAGACAUGUGGAUGACUAGUAUUGUAGAUCGUUAUAAGAACAGACCAAAUGAUUUGAAUGAUCUGUGUAUGGCAACAUUUGCAUCAGAAUAUCGGGUUUUAAGUAAAAAUGAAAAAUCUAAGAAUCCUCUUCAAUUAAAUAAUGGUUGUGGUUUUAUCACAAAAAGAACACGAACAAAACCUGCAGUUGUCCGUUAUGUGCGCUUUUCUGAGGAAAAAAAUCCAGAACAAUUUUAUCAAAGCAUUCUCCAGUUAUUUUUACCAUACCGUGUAGAUAUUCAACUAAAACCUCAUAAUUCUGAAACAUUUGAACAAUUUUACAAAAAUGGUCAUGUAACAUUUAGUGAUGGCUCUAGAUAUGCAGUCAAGUCAGUUGUUGAUUUAAAUAGAAAGAAGUUUGAAAUGGAGGCAGAUGAAUUAGAUAAUAUCCAAGAUGCAAUUGACAAUAAUAGUCCAAUAGAAGAUGGCUGGUGUGACCUGUGUCCGGAGCAGGAGUUAGAGCGUUUAAUUUGUGCAGAGGAAAUGAAAGACAAAAAACAGCAAGUGGAUGAACAAGAUGAGAAUAUUCCAGAUUUAACAACAAGUAAUGAACAAGUUGCACAUUUGGAAAAGAAAAAUAAUAUAAUGUGUAGAAGUGAUGGUUUGGCAUUAAUUAGAUCUUUGAAUGAUACACAGUUAUCGAUUUUUUAUCAGAUUCGUCAAUGGUGCUUAGAUAAGAUAAUAGGGAAAAACCCAAAUCCAUUACAUAUAUUUAUUACUGGUGGUGCAGGGACAGGAAAAAGCCAUUUAAUAAAAGCUAUACAAUACGAAGCAAUGAGGUUGCUAUCAACAGUGUGUCGUCAUCCUGACAAUACUUGUGUUUUGCUAGCUGCUCCCACGGGAAUUGCUGCCUAUAAUCUUAAUACAACUACAAUCCAUAAUACACUAAGCAUUGGAAAAGAUGUUCGCUUACCAUACACACCUUUGAGUGAAGAAAAGCUCAAUUGUUUGCGUGCUAAAUAUAGUGAUCUGCAAAUUUUGAUAAUUGAUGAAAUAUCCAUGGUUGAUCACAAUCUAUUAGCGUAUAUUCAUGGUAGACUUAGACAGAUUAAGCAAACUUGUGACUUUUCUCCCUUUGGAAAUGUAAGUAUAAUUGCUGUUGGAGAUUUCUUUCAGUUGCCUCCAGUUAAAGGGAAACCCCUGUAUAAUGAUGACAUACUAGGUAUUAACCUAUGGUCUAGUCUGUUUUCAGUUGUAGAAUUAAAAACAAUAGUUAGGCAAAAAGAUAAUACGUUUGCAGAGUUACUAAAUAGAUUACGAAUUCGCACAAAAAAGACUCCAAUGUUAAACUGUGACAUUGAUUUAUUGAAAAAAUGUGAAACCGGUGAAGUCAGCCCAGCUUUACAUAUAUUUCCCACUAACAAACAAGUAAAUGAGCAUAAUGUGCAGCAACUAUUUAAAACUUGCCCUGAAUAUGUUGAGAUAAAUGCUCAAGAUUUUGUACAUAAUAACAAGACAGGGAAACUUGAAUUGAAAAGUGGUCAUCAUGCUAAAACAUAUAACACUUGUCUAGAAGAAACACUGCUCUUAGGGAAAGGUGCUCGUGUAAUGUUGUGUAAAAAUGUAGAUGUAAUUGAUGGUCUGGUCAAUGGUGUGUGUGGCACAGUAACAAACAUAGUUUUUCUUAACAGUGAACACAAGUUCCCUCAAACAGUGUAUGUCAAAUUUGAUGACAAUCAAGUUGGUGUACAAAGGAGAAAAUGUUAUGCAUAUGCUUCAGCAGCUGAAAUGGGUUCUACAGGUAUAAAACCCGAAGAGGAAAGAGUACAUAGUAAAGGGGGAUUGCGACGACAGUUUCCACUAAAACUUGCUUGGGCUUGUACAGUACAUAAAGUACAAGGAAUUACUGUUGAUAAAGCUGUAGUGUCUCUUAAAAAGAUAUUUGCACCUGGACAGGCAUAUGUGGCUUUAAGUCGUGUUAAAAGUUUGGCUGGUUUGAUUAUUCAAGAUUUUGAGGAGAAGGCUAUAUACUGUAAAGACAGCAUUAAGGAUGCAAUUCAAAACAUGCCUAGAUAUUCUGUUAGAAAUAUACCAUGGCUCAAAUUGAAAACGCAAACAUUCAGUGUAUUUUUGAUGAAUGUGCAAAAUUUAAGACACCAUUUAACAGAUUUGGUUUUGCAUACUCAGCAUUUGGAACCUAACUGCAUUGCUGUUACUGAAACAUGGCUACCUGCAGAUAUCUCUUUAGAAACUAUACAUAUCAAUGGUUACAAUUUUCAUAGUCAACCACGAAGUUUAUCUUACAGUAGCAGUAACCCAACAUUAACUGAAUUACAAGCUCAACAACAUGGUGGUGUUGGCAUGUAUAGCUCAAACAAUUUGGCAUGUAAUGUUGUCCAGGUACCAAAUGUAAAUUUAGAAUGUUUAGUUUGCAACUACACAGCACACAAUAUACUAAUAGCAGUAAUUUAUCGGCCACCUUCAUAUCCUAUUUCUUUGUUUAAAGGAAAUCUAGACAAAUUGUUUAAUUUUCUAGAACCCCUAAGCAAUACAAUUGCUGUCAUUGGAGAUUUCAAUGAUAAUAUUUUAAACUCUUCAACAAUCUGCAAGUUUAUAACAAACAGAGGCUAUGUUCAACAUGUCACACAAACCACAACAGAAAAGGGCACAUUAAUUGAUCAUGUAUAUGUAAAAACAACACAUUAUACCAUAAAAACAACAGUGUUACCAACGUAUUUCAGUGACCAUGAGGGUAUUUUUUGUUCUUUUACAUGUAAUACUGUUAACAGUAAUGAAGAAGCAUCUGGACAAUUGUAGGUUGUAACUGUAGUUGUAGCUGUUCAGCUUUGUUUGGCAAAUAAGUUAGAGGUUCAAUGAGAAUCCUUGUGGAUACUUUAUCUCUACUGAGCCAAAUACUGCUGUAUUGCAGUGAGUGUUUACUGCAAGGUAGAUAUUCAAGUGUAACAUCUUUAACAAAUUUGCUUGACAAAAUAAAUGGAAAGAGAAUUUACAUUCUUGUAGUAAAACUGUGACUUUCAAAAUAAUGGUUUCUUUUCCUGCAUUGCAACAACAUUUACAUUUUUAAUUUGUGUUCAUAUUUGUUUUAUCAUAAUCAAUUUACAUUUGCACUAAUAUCAUAGUUAUAUACAGUAGGUAAACAAAAUAUAUCAGUAAUUAUAUGAUUGGCAGAAUUAUUAUUAUUUUUUUGUACCAGUGUUUUACAACUCUUCAACAAUUUCCAAGUUUAUAACAAACAGAGGCUAUGUUCAACAUGUCACACAAACCACAACAGAAAAGGGCACAUUAAUUGAUCAUGUAUAUGUAAAAACAACACAUUAUACCAUAAAAACAACAGUGCUACCAACGUAUUUCAGUGACCAUGAGGGUAUUUUUUGUUCUUUUACAU